UCAGCCCGAGCAGAGGCAGAGGCAACUGGGAGGGGAGAACCAGACCGGUCGAUAUCCGAAUCUCAGUCUGUGUGUGUCAGUCCCUACGAGAAUCUGCUACAGGCGGCGAACAAGAUGACUCUGAACCGUGGGGCUCAGCGACGCUGCGGGGACCGUCGGCGGGGCAGCACGCCCUUCCUUUCUCAGCAGCACCUGCACCGCCGCAGCAUGCCAGUGGACGAGCGAGACCUUCAGGCGGCGCUGCCCUCUGGCCCCUUGAGCCAGCUGGCCAACCUGGUGCGGCGCCCCGCCGGCAGCCCCAGGGAACCCAGCGACUGCUGGGCCUCGGGCUCCUCGGACUCCAUCACGUCUUCAGGCAGCGAGUCCGACAGCCACCUGUACAAGGUGAUACUUCUGGGCGAGCGCGGAGUGGGCAAAACCAGCCUGGCGCGCAUCUUUGGCGGUGUAGAGGACGGCCCUGAAGCUGAGGCCGCUGGAAACACCUAUGACCGAUCCAUUGUAGUGGAUGGAGAAGAGGCUUCCCUUGUGGUGUUUGACAUCUGGGAACAGGAUGAAAGUCAGUGGCUGUCCAAUCAUUGCAUGAAGAUGGGUGAUGCCUAUGUAAUUGUGUACUCGGUCACCGACAAAGUCAGUUUUGAGAAGGCCUCAGAGCUGCGCAUUCAGCUUCGGCGUGCCCGCCAAUCAGAGGACAUCCCCAUCAUCCUCGUGGGCAACAAGAGUGACCUGGUCCGAUCCAGAGAAGUCUCUGUGGAUGAGGGCCGUGCCUGUGCCGUUGUAUUUGACUGCAAGUUUAUUGAGACAUCAGCUGCCCUUCACCACAACGUGCAGGACCUUUUCGAGGGCAUCGUCCGGCAGAUUCGGCUCCGGAAGGACAGCAAAGAAGACAAUGCGCGGCGGAUGGCCAACACCAAGAGGCGAGAGAGUAUUGGCAAGAAGGCAAAGCGCUUCCUGGGCCGAAUUGUGGCCAAGAACAACAAAAAGAUGGCUUUCAAGGCCAAAUCCAAAUCCUGCCAUGACCUCUCCGUGCUCUAGGCAGGAGUACUAUGGGGGAGGGGAAAAGGGGAGCACCCCAAGGGGUGGCAUAGAGGUAUUCUUAAUAGGCACAGGGCCCCUAUCCAUGGUAUAGUGGAAUGAGUGCUAGAUUUGAAAUCCUAGGACCUGGGUUCAAAUCCUAGGACUCUGCCACCAACUGUGUGAUCUUGGAAAAGUUACUACCCCAAUCUGGGACUCAGUUUCUUCAUCUACAAAAGGAGGGAAUCGGACAACUCGAAAAUCCCUGACAGCUUGAAAUCCAUGAUGCCUUAAGAUUCAUCGACGAUUCUGGGAAGCAAGGCUGGAGUGGCUGCCGUGGGAGACUGGAGGCCAAAAGCAGCUGGAGCUCCAGCCCUUGCCCUAGGGGCCUCCCCCCAGCCAAGGGGCCUGCCCCUGUGGCCUAGCUGAGCCCUGGAUGCUACAGAUGGACAUGGGGAAGGUGGCUCAUCAGACGUGACUGCACUGCCCCAAAUCACCCCCUUGAGAGAGGCCCUAGGACCUGGGUACGCAGGCCCGUACUUGUUUCAGACCCCUGUGGGGACAGUCCAAACCACAUCCCAGUGGGAGAAAAUAAAUGGGGAGGGAGGAGGGAGACUUAGUUGACUAUUUUAUGCAGUAAGUUAAUAUUGCACUUCCAUUUAGGUUGUUUGAAGAAUUUGUUAUUUGUUUACAUGCAGACUUUUAUAAUAAAGGAUUAUUUCCUGUUAAAGUUCA